AUGGUUAGGACUGGAGGCCUAGGUCCUGUCUUAAGUAGGGUUAGUGGCAGAGGUCUAGGGAGAGGGGAUCGUGAUGAUUCUGACGAUGCUCCCCUGCAGCGAAGGCCUACCACAUCCGAACGCAGGCAACGAGUACCUGUUAUUGUUGUGAACGCUGAGCCAGUGGUACCUGCGACUGAGGCUGACGUAGCUGUGGCUGAGGCUGACAUAGCUGCGGCUGAGGUUGAUGUAGCUGUAGAUGAGCCGAUGAUAGAAGCUGACGUACAGGACAUUGGUGUAGACACUGUUGCAGACACCAGUGCACAGGCUGCUACAGAUGAGCCUGAGGGAUUUCCGGGUGGAGCGACCGACCCAUCCGUGCUGACCGAGUAUGCUGAGCAUGUUGCAGCCGGCGAGCGUCCUGAGUUGAAGUUAUCCUCCCAUGGGAGGAAGGUGCAUAAUUUAGGUAGGCCUGUCCCUGCCAUUAAGGUGCUAGUUGUUGGGACAGGACUAAGUCCUUUGAUCGCGUGUUCAGUAGACACCGACGAUCGAGGACUUCUAUCCUCGUUUGUCGAGAGGUGGCACCGGGAGACUUCUAGUUUCCAUCUUCCUGUGGGGGAGGUCACAAUCACGCUGGACGAUGUCGCGUCUCUUCUUCAUCUGCCCGUCGUUGGCGACUUACAUACCUUUCAGCCUCUGCACGUGAACGAGGCGGUGCUGAUGUUGGUCGACUUAUUAAUGGUCUCACCAGAGGCAGCCAGGGUCGAGACCGGACACUAUCAUGGACCAUACGUACAUCUGUCUUGGAUAUACGAGCACUUUCCGUCAGUCGUGGAGUGCAACGCUGGUCCGGACUAUGAUGAGGCGUCACCAUGUGCCUGUAGGUGGAUUACUACGAAGAAGACUGUGAAGAUCAUAUAUACAGGGACGUAUGGGCAACGCUUGGACCGAGUUAGGAUUCCUGAUGUCUACUAG